AGGGGCUGCGUCGCGAGCAUGGGGCUGCGAGAAGUGGCGGGCGCCCGGCCGGCCUGCCGUGCGGGUGCUGUGCUCUCUUUUCCUUGCCAUGACUCCUGCCAAGCUUGGUGCAAGAUCAUCAAUGUGUCUGAAUCGCACUCUUCUCUCCUCACCUCUGUGGACGGGGCUCUCAAUGAAACAAACUGGGGCAUUUCCAUACCUACUGGAAACAAAUACCAGCUCUACAUUGGUUUGGCUUUGGCUAUUGGUUCCAGUAUCUUUAUUGGUUCUAGUUUCAUACUGAAGAAGAAGGGACUUUUGAAACUGGCAGACAAAGGAGUCCUCCGAGCUGGACAGGGUGGAUAUUCUUAUUUGAAGGAAUGGCUUUGGUGGGCUGGAUUGCUUUCAAUGGGAUUAGGAGAAGCUGCAAACUUUGCUGCCUAUGCUUUUGCACCUGCAACCUUAGUUACCCCUUUGGGUGCACUGAGUGUUCUCAUAAGUUCUAUAUUGUCAUCCUGUUUUUUAAAUGAGAAGCUGAAUAUUCAUGGAAAGCUAGGCUGUGUACUAAGCAUUUUGGGGUCAACAGUCAUGGUUAUUCACGCCCCUGAAGAGGAGGAAGUCACCUCACUUGAUGAGAUGGAAAGAAAGCUGCAAGAUCCAGCAUUUGUUACAUUUGCUGUUCUCCUGAUAGUUGUUGUCCUCACGCUGAUUUUUAUCGUGGCUCCAAGGAGAGGUCAGACAAACAUACUGAUCUACAUUUUAAUUUGCUCACUCAUUGGUGCCUUCUCUGUCUCAUCUGUGAAAGGCCUGGGAAUUGCCAUUAAACAAAUACUGGAGCGGAAGCCAGUUUAUCGACAUCCAUUGGUUUAUGUUUUGGUGGGCAUCUUAGUGCUCUCAGUCAGCACUCAGAUCAACUAUCUCAACAAAGCAUUGGACGUGUUCAAUACAUCUCUAGUGACACCUAUUUAUUAUGUAUGUUUCACCACGGUGGUUGUAACAUGCUCCAUCAUCCUGUUCAAGGAGUGGAGUAGUAUGGAUCUGGGUGAUAUCAUUGGAACCCUGAGCGGAUUCUGCAGUAUCAUCAUAGGCAUUUUUCUAUUGCAUGCUUUCAAAAACACUGAUAUCAGCUGGAGUCAGUUGAUGUCCACUGUUGCCAAAGAGCCAUCAUUACCAAACCAUGGAUACGAAACCUGUCAGACUUUACUGGAGAGCAUGGGAGACCCAGCUUUGGUGUAUGAAGAGGAAAACAUUUUAUUCAGUCAAUGAAACUCUUGAGUAGUGUUCAUCAUUGAAAAAUCAUUGUGUUACAGACUCAGCCUGCCUGUGUCUUCCAAAAUGCACUUCUCUGCUGUAUUCCUCUGGAAGACCAUCUGCAAGGCCGGUUAAGCGUGGGCUACUCCUCUGUGUGCCACCUUUUGGUAGUAAUGAAUGAAAAUGUUCAGUAAUUAAUGUGACAGACAGAAACCUGAUAGUGAUUGUAUGGUUGGCAACAAAAAACCUUAUUUUAUGCUUUCUUUUUUGAAGCAUGAAAGAAUGGUCUUUGUAAACUGUGUUGACUGUGUUUACAAACUACAGUUUUGCCAUUGUGAUAAAAGAUGGUCCUCGUUGAAGUGACAAGCACUCUACUCUUAUCUUAAUGAUGGCCUUAAUAUUUCAGACUUUCUUUUUAUCAUUUAUUGCCAAGCAAACUUGUAGAUAUUCUACAUGAAGGAUAUUCACUGGAGAUAAAAUGUGAAGAAACCAGUGUUUAACCCUUUUGACUUUUAAUAUAAAAUUUUAUGGAAGAUUUUUUCAUUUUUGGUCACCUACCAGUGAACCUUGAAUAGACAUCACAAAAAACCAUUUAUGAAAUAUGUCUAUUGGUAAGCAGUGUCCUUCAAAAUCUGUUUUUUAACAGCAAAGUCUUAUAUCUUCUGUGUCAGGAAUCUGGAAUGGAUUGUAAGUCCCUGCAUGUGCAUGUACCCUUUUAUUUCAAAACUGUGACCAAGUUACUUUUUAAGGAACAGCAAAUUCAUUAGAGGCCUGAAAACAGUUGGUAUUGGCUUAAAAAAUUACAUAAGAUAAAGUGUUCAAGGGCAGAAGAAAACCUGAACGUGCAAUUAAGAAUUUCCACUGUUGCAUACCCCUUUGAGGCUUAAGAAGGGAGUUACUUUAUUUUCGUACUCUUCCUACUAUUGCCAUCUAUUCAUCAAAACCCAUUUAAGCUGCUAAUUUUUUUUUCUGAUUUGCCAGAAAGGUAUCAUUGUUUCUUAAUAGUAAAACAGUCCUGUUAUUUUUUAUUCUGUUCUAAGAGCAAAAUCCAUUUCCCAAUCCAUGUGCUAUUGCUAAAAUACUAGAUAAAUGAAGUGCUGUAAAAAAGGGUUGAGAAACAUCAAAAUGUCUUUUGUCUUAGUUUGGCCUUUUCAUCUUUUCUAAAAAUGACUAUUCACCUGUAUUAGAUGUUUUAGUUAUUAAUCUAUCAUAGGCCUUGAAGAUGAGUAUCUACACAACAAUAUGCUCCUCAGUUGUGGUCACGAAUCCACAUCUUACAAAAACAGCUUGCACAGUCCAUGGUUUACUCAUUACAAUCCCCUUUGUGGCCACUGUGUGAGCAAGAAGGCAGCUUCAGCAAUCAGAUGUCUGGGUCAUGAUGAGAUCAUCAGAAAGGUAGUAUUUCCAGUUCUUGUUUUUGUAAGUGAGGGUGCCAGAGGAUGCAUUUCAGCACUUUAAAACUGAUCAUAGUCAUCUGAGAUAUGUAUGCCAAGCAGAACUUCCUUAUGAAGCAGGCUGUGUAAUCUCUUAACAUUCAAAGAGUGUGGUAAAAGCAGGCACUUUGGAUGGAUCACAAAUUGUUCCAUGAAAGCAAGCUCAUAAUUUAGCUGUAAAAGUGUUGCUGCUGUUAUUUCGUAUAUGUUUAUGUUAUGCAAAGCUUCAAUAUUUCCAUUUGGAAAGACACUCAUUAAUCACCUCAGUUGUUAAUUGUUUUUAAUGAUGCCUUAGAAGCUAUAAACAAGUAGAAAGUAACAUUAGUGAUACUAGCUUAAAGUUAUUUCUAAACUCCAAGCACCUUUUUUUUUUCACUUGUCUGGAUCUGUAGUUGGCAUAGCUGCAAGAGGUAGAAAUGGUAUCAGUCACCUGAACUUUGUUUCUAAACCCUCAUUUCUACAAUGAAGACCAUAUCUGAAACACAAUACUGAACAGGGUUGUCUGGUUCUUCUGCUCACAGUAAUUUAUGAAAUGUUUCAGGUAACCUUGCCAAUAUACAGAGAAGCCCAGAAGGUGUCAUUAGGCAAUGGGUGUUCAGUUUAUCACCUGUCUAAUUUGAGAAGUACAUUCAAUAAUUCAAGUUACCCCAAUGCAAUGUCAACCCAAUAAUGCAAUACUACCCCAGCAAAAGAGACAUUUUCACAAAAAGUGUAUUUGCUUUGAAAAUACAAUAACAAUGUCUAGAGAUUUGGAUUAUUUCAGCUUCCCAAGUGAUAAGACUUGCAGGGGUUCUCUACAAAUGCAUGUGUUAAAAAAGCUUCAGAGAAAAAAACCUUAUAAACAGUUUUGUUACUUCUUAGUAAAUAUAGAGAUUACUUUGGCUUUAUCAGACAGAUUCAAGCUACAAAAUCUUUGUAGUUCAAAAAGGCAAUGCAAACAACAAAAAAAAUCUAAAGAUGGAGUUUUAUUUACGGUUUGCAUUCAACAAAAACUUCCUUUGCUUUUCACUGUGAAUUACUCAUAUAAUUUAAAGAAUAACUGGACAAAAUAUUGAUUGUUCCUAAAAAGUGAAAAAGGAAUCCUUUAGCAUAGUGUGGCCCUUCUGUUUGCUUAUACAGUCAUCAGUGUGGUGUGAUGAGUUAUUUGUAUGUAAAAACAACCCAUCCAAUUCUUUAAUGGAUGUGUGUUGGCAUUUUUUUGAAGUAUGUAGUAAUACUUUCUUUGAGAAGGGUCUGGAUUCUUUUUAUGAGAACUGCUGCCAUUCAGUUAACUUAUACCAAGCAAAACAAUCUGUCUUUUUUAAUGGACCCGUGUAUCUCAUUUGACACAUAAAUAACAUCUACUAGUAAACAAAUGUUUUGUCAGAAACCUAAGUUAAUGCUUAUUUUAAUGGGGUUCAGGAUGUCUGUCAUGUUAAGAAGUAAAUUAUAAGUUCUCUUUUUGUAUAAA